AUGUCGUCCACUACUUCCACAGUAACGAGCUCGACAUCUGCUGCGACCAGCACUUCCACCAGCAGUAGUGGUGGAGGAGGUGGCCCAAGCAGUUCUCCACUGCUUUUCUUUGUUGCUCUUGGGUUUGGCGUUGUUUUCACAAACUUAUGGAUCAUUGUCGGUGUAAAAUAUUGCUUUCGAUACAAUCAACGAAAUCGACAAUUACGAAAUGAAGAAACCGGGGAGCCUAUUGAUCUAACGGCUGUGCCUCGAACACACCGAAGAAGAAGGGAGAAAAAGUUAAUGUCUAUGGAAGAUGUGAACGAGCGAUUUCCAUUGAUGAAAUACAAAGCAUGGCGAUCUUCUCGCGCCGACAGAGGCCUUCCUAGCGAAGGAGGAAUCGCUGCCCCCGGCAAUAGACCUGAGUCUCCAAAGGCUGGCGAGAGUGAACACAGCAACCCAUCCGUUACUGCGCACCACGUUGAAGCCUAUGCCCCAAAAGGCCACGAUCGUACAGAUUCGGUUGUGAGCGAACCUUCCAGCCCUGUAGCCCAGCAAAUUAAUGGGAUUUCGGAAUCAAAAGUAGUUACAACUACUGAAGUUCAACCAAAGACUGCAACUACCGAAGCCGCUAGCAACGUACAUCCACCACAUGAAGAAGAAAUGCACGACGAAAAUGAUGAUCCUAUCCAAGGGGCCGUUCCAGCAGAAUUAUUGCCCAGUCCUGGUGACUCUUGCGCAAUUUGUCUCGAUCUUAUCGAAGAUGACGAUGAUGUUCGUGGUCUUACAUGUGGUCACGCUUUCCACGCUUCAUGUCUCGAUCCUUGGUUAACCAGCCGCCGAGCUUGUUGCCCUCUCUGCAAGGCCGAUUAUUACAUUCCUAAACCACGACCUGAGGGACAAGAAGCAGUUCCAGAAAAUGCUAGAGUAGGAGGACGUCGUAUAACAGGUCGAAACGCUGCUGCACUUAGACCCCCACAGCCAACAUUCAGUGUUGAUCGUAUCAACCCGUUCAGAACAAGAUUCUAUUUUUCCACUCGUGCACCACUGACAGUACCGCCCACGGGAGAUUCAAACCCGAGGGUUACUAGUGGAAUCCAACCAUCAAAUACACCACCACCCAGUGAGCAAACGCAUGCAAGACGAUCCCCCGUAUGGGUACCGAGGCUUAACUUUUGGCGCACAUCAAACCCUCAAUCGACGUCACAAACUACUGAAGUCCGUACACCUGGUCAGCUGGAGGCCGGGACAACUCCGCAGGGGCAAUAG